ACACUGGGGCUGGGGAACCAGAACUUAGGGUGGGGCCAAGGGACACAUAGAAGGCUUUCUGGUGCAUACCACCAAGUAAGGGCAUCCUGGGUACAGUCUGAGCUGUGCAUGUGGGCUCCUGGCUCUGCUGGCAGCUGCCCCAGAGCAGCCCUGCCCUCUCACUGGCUUGGCCACCAUAGCGUGCGGGCCUCUCAGCAGGCCCAGAGGCGGAGGUGUCCUGAGGUUCCUAGGAGGCCCCUGUGGGCCCCACCAGCACGGUGCACACUGCCCUUUUAGGACCCAGAACUCACGCAAGAACCUGUGAUGGAUUACCUGCUCCAGCUCUUCCAGCUGACCUCAUCCAUCUCAGCAGGUCUGGCCUCAUGGGGUGUCUCCAGUCCCCAGGAAGUGCAGGGCGUGAAGGGGUCCUGCCUCGUCAUCCCCUGCGUCUUCACCUACCCUGCCGACGUGCAGGUGCCCGACAGCAUCACAGCAAUCUGGUACUAUGACUACUCGGGCCAACGGCAGGUGGUGAGCCACUCCACAAACCCCCAGCUGGUGGAGGCACGCUUCCAAGACCGGGCCCAGCUGCUGGGGCAAGCUGAGCACAAGGUGUGCAACCUGCUGCUGAAGGACCUGCAGCCCGAGGACUCAGGCUCCUACAACUUCCGCUUUGAGAUCAGUGAGGGCAACCGCUGGUCAGAUACCAAAGGCACUGUGGUCACCGUGGCAGAGAAGCCCAGUGUGCCUACCCUUACCUGGCCUGCCGAGCUCCGCGAGGGCAUGGAGGCAGACUUCAACUGCUCCACCCCCUACACCUGCCUGCAGAAGCCGGUUAGCCUGCAGUGGCAAGGCCAGGACCCCACUCGCUCGGUCACCUCCAGCCUCCAGAAGCUUGAGCCCACAGGUGUCACCCACCUGCAGACCCUCCACAUGGCCCUGACCUGGCGGGACCAUGGCCUGACCCUGCAGUGCCAGCUCUCGGUAGCCGAGCAGAGGACACAGAGCGAGGUUCACCUCCAAGUGCAGUAUGCCCCGAAGGGUGUGGAGAUCCUUCUCAGUCCCUCGGGGCGGAACAUUCUGCCAGGUGAUCUGGUCACACUCACCUGCCAGGUGAACAGCAGCUAUCCCAGUGUCACUUCCGUGCAGUGGGUCAAGGAUGGGACACACCUCAAAGCCCAAAACCGUGUGCUGCAGUUGACCCAGGUGUCCUGGGAUGAUGCUGGCGUCUACACCUGCCAAGCUGGGAAUAGUGUGGGCUCUUCAGCCUCACCCCCUGUCAGCCUCCACAUCUUCAUGGCCGAGGUCCAGGUGAACCCAGCAGGCCCCAUCCUAGAGAACCAGACAGUGACACUGACCUGCAAUACACCCAGAGAAGCACCCAGUGGCCUGCUCUAUAGCUGGUACAAGAACCACGUCUUGCUGGGGGAUCCCCACAGCCACGCACUGCAGCUGCGCUCAGCCACCAGGGCCGAUACUGGCUUCUACUUUUGCGAGGUGCAGAAUGCCCAGGGCAGAGAGCGCUCUGGCCCUGUCAGUGUGGUGGUCAGCCACCCACCCCUCGCCCCCGAGCUAACUGCCUUCCUGGAGACGCAGGCUGGGCUGGUGGGCAUCCUCCGCUGCUCCGUGGUCAGUGAGCCCCUGGCCACCCUGGUGCUGUCACACAGUGGCCACGUCCUGGCCUCCAUCCCUGGGGAGGGUGACCUCAGCGCACGCUUCAGUGUCUUCUCUGCUCCCAACUCCCUGCGCCUGGAGAUCAGAGAUCUGGAGCCAACUGACAGUGGGGAGUACACAUGCCUAGCCAGCAACUCCCUUGGAAAUGCGUCCUCCACCCUGGACUUCCAAGUCAAUGUGGCCCGCCUCCUCAUCAGCCCGGCAGCAGAAGUGGUGGAAGGACAGGCGGUGACAAUGAGCUGCCGGAGCGGCCUAAGCCCCACACCUGACAUUCGCUUCUCCUGGUACCUGAACGGAGCACUGUUUCUCGAGGGGCCCAGCAGCAGCCUCCUGCUCCCCACAGCCUCCAGCACGGACGCCGGCUCUUACCACUGUCGGGCCCAGGACGGCCACAGUGCCAGUGGCCCCUCAUCACCUGCUGUCCUCACAGUGUUCUACGCCCCACGCCGGCCCACGUUCACUGCCCAGCUGGACCCUGAUGCCGCCGGAGCUGGGGCUGGACGGCAAGGCCUCCUCUUGUGCCGCGUAGACAGUGACCCUCCUGCCCAGCUGCAGCUGCUCCACAGGAACCAUGUUGUGGCCUCUUCCCUGCCACAGCAGGGUGGCUGUUGCAGCUGUGGGGGCUGUUCCCAGCGCAUGAAGGUCACUAGGGCCCCCAACCUGCUGCGUGUGGAGAUCCGAGACCCAGUGCUGGAGGAUGAGGGUGUGUACGUGUGUGAGGCCAGCAAUGCUCUGGGCAACACCUCUGCCCCGGCCACCUUCAAUGCCCAGGCCACUGUCCUGGUCAUCACGCCAUCACCCAUGCUGCGGGAGGGCACCGGGGCCAACCUGACUUGCAACGUGAGCCAGGAAGCUGCUGGCGGCCCUGCCAACUUCUCCUGGUUCCGGAAUGGGGCGCUGUGGGCCCAGGGCCCCCUGGAGACUGUGACACUGCUGCCCGUGGCCAGAACGGAUGCUGCCCUCUAUGCCUGCCGCAUCCUUGUCGACGCUGGGGCCCUGCUCUCCAGCCCGGUGCUCCUGAGUGUGCUCUAUCCCCCGGACCCUCCAAAGCUGUCAGCCCUCCUGGACAUCGACCAGGGCCACGUGGCCGUGUUCAUCUGCACUGUGGAUAGUCGCCCCCUGGCCCAGCUGUCCCUGUUCCAUGGGGAGCGCCUCUUGGCCACCAGCCCAGGGCCCCAGCUCUCAUCCCAUGACCGCCUCCAGGCCAAAGCCACAGCCAACUCCCUGCAUCUAGAGAUUCGAGACUUGAGCCUUGGAGACUCUGGAAGCUACCGCUGUGAGGCCACAAAUGUCCUUGGCUCAGCCAAUACCUCCCUCUUCUUCCAGGUCCGAGGAGCCUGGGUCCAGGUGUCACCAUCACCUGAGCUCCAGGAGGGCCAGGCUGUGGUCCUGAGCUGCCAGGUACCUGCAGGGGUCCUGGAGGGGACCUCAUACCGCUGGUAUCGGGAUGGCCAGCCCCUUCAGGAGUCAACCUCGGCCACACACCGCUUAGCAGCCAUAACUCUGAGCCAAGCUGGGGCCUACCAUUGCCAAGCCCAGGCCCCAGGCUCAGCCACCACGAGCCUGGCGACUCCUGUCAGCCUCCAUGUGUCCUAUGCCCCACGCCAGGCUUCCCUCACCACCCUGAUGGACACAGGCCCCGGACGACUGGGCCUCCUCCUGUGCCGUGUGAACAGUGACCCUCCAGCCCAGCUACAGCUGCUCCAUGGGGCCCACGCUGUGGCUUCCACCCUGCGAGGUGUGGAGGAACUUGCAGGCAGCAGUCCCCGGCUGCAGGUAGCUGUGGCCCCCAACACACUGCGCCUGGAGAUCCACAACACGAUGCUGGAAGAUGAGGGUGUCUAUGCUUGCGAGGCCACUAACACUCUGGGCCAGGCCUCUGCUUCGGCCAACUUCGACACCCAGGCUGUGAGUGUGCAGGUGUGGCCCGAGGCCACUGUGCAGGAGGGGCAGCUGGUGAACCUGACCUGUCUCGUGUGGACCACCCGCCUGGACCAGCUCACCUACAUGUGGUACCAGGAUGGGCAGCAGCGCCCAGGUGCCCGUUCCAUCCUUCUGCCCAGCGUCACAGUCACAGAUGCAGCCUCCUACCGCUGUGGGGUGGUGAAACCUGGCCAGGCACCCCGCCUCUCCAGGCCUGUCAUCCUGGACGUCCUCUGUGAGUGCGGUAGAUCAGGGUGGGGCUGGAAGGAGUGA